AUGUGGUCUCACUUACUCACUCUGGUGGUGACGGUAGGUGGCGCCACUGACUGGGGGGACCUGAGACUCCCCCUGGAACAUGUGCCUUACUUCUUCAGGAACAAUCCUGACAUCAAACAGCGUUGUAAGGAUGAGGAUGCCUGCCCUUAUAAGACUGACUCGUCCCUGGAGUGUACAGAUGCACUCGGGUUCUGCCGAGGGAGAAACGUGUACCUGGACCUACGUAACGCCAACAUGGCAACCAGAGACAGGUACAGGAACGAUAUUGUCCAUAAUAUUACAUUUGGCGGUCACUGUGACCUAGACAAGGUUGGAUUAGAUGCAGCCAUGACGUCACCAGUAAUCAACAAGCGGCCCCUGGCUUCAUGGAUGCAGGAGAUGGAACAUUUUUCAUCUCUUCCAACGCAGCCAUUGGCUACUGGUGAGUGUGACGUCAUCAUCGACAGACCAACCGUCAUCAUCAAAAUGGACGAAGGUAUGAAUGGUGUCGUGUGUCCUUUGAAUCCUUGA